AACAGUAUUCGUCGAGGCAGGCGCCUCACUGGAGUCGAGCAGUUCGCCGAGAUUCGCGUCUCUCACUCCACUGAGGCCAUGAAGAGAAGGCUUCAGAAAAAAUACAUCAUCUUAAUUGUAGGAUACUCCGUGGCGCUACUUUUAAUUCCCUACGUACUAGAUUACCGGAGCAAAUCGCCCCACAUUAAAGAUGGAUAUCGGCAACAAAAGUGUCCCGAUCUGGAGAGCACCAUCGCCCUGUGGAGGAGCACCAGAUCGGGCAACUCAACGGAGGUGAAGGACUAUGGCAACAGGAGUCAGUCCAGGACGCACAUAUACCUCCACGCAACCUGGAGGACAGGCUCUUCUUUUUUAGGAGAAUUAUUUAAUCAGCAUCCUGAUGUGUUUUAUUUAUACGAGCCCAUGUGGAAUAUAUGGCAGGCGCUUUAUCCGGGAGAUGCGGGUAGUUUACAAGGAGCAGUGAGAGACAUGAUGAACUCUCUGUUUAGAUGCGAUUUCUCCGUGUUAAAACUCUACGCAGGCUCGUCCAACAUAACCACCUCUUCUAUUUUCGGCUGGAAAACAAACAAGGUCAUUUGUUCCGAGCCUCUCUGCAAAGCGUAUAAAAAACACGAAAUUGGUUUAGUUCAAGGAGACGUGUGUAGCAAAUGCCGACCCAGAGACCUCAAAGAGCUGGAGAAAGUGUGUAAAAAGUACCCGGUGAUGGUCAUCAAAGACGUGCGGGUUUUAGAUGUGGCGGUUCUGGUUCCCCUCAUGCGAGACCCCGCCAUCAACCUCCAGAUAGUCCAAUUGUUUCGUGACCCCCGGGCCGUCCAUAAUUCUCGACUGAAGUCUAAGCUAGCGUUGGUAAAAGAGAGCAUUCAGGUGCUGAGGAGCAAGAAGCGGAGCGAUAAAUACAAGCGCCUUCUGGUGCCUAGCGACAGGGCCCAUCGUGCAGAGAACUACGUCUCGAGCGCGAUGGAGCUAAUAUGCGAUAACUGGCUCAACGACAUGUCGCUCGUAAUGAACGCUCCGCCGUGGGUAAAGAGAAACUACAUGCGGCUGAAAUACGAGGACCUGGUCCUCAGACCCGUGGACGAGCUCCAGAAACUCUAUCGGUUCUCCAACCUCACCCUUUCUCCGGCCAUGGAGAAGUUUGUGGUGAACAUGACCCACGGACGGGGUUAUUCGUCGGAUAAACCUUUCCUCAUAUCAUCCAGAGAUGCCAAAGAGGCUAUUUACGCCUGGAAGGAAAGGCUGAAUGUGGAGCAAGUGAACCAGGUCGAAGCCUACUGCAGGGAGGUCAUGAGAGAGCUGGGCUAUCAGAAGAGGAACAUGGACAAGACCUACAACCGCCAAAACAUGAGUUUAUGGUAUGUAAGCCUGAUGUGUUGGAGGAGGACCGAGGGGGAACAGCCGGAUAUGAAGCUACACCAGAAGGUAUGACACACCGGUGGAGCUGCAUCCUGAGAUCUCCCUCACAGUGAGGCGCAGAGUAGACGACAGGAGAGAGACACUUACCAACCCAUUGACCUCAAAUAAUACUGACAAGAAUCAUGUAAGAAAAGACUAACAAUAACAAAGAGGAAACACGUUCAGCAAGAGAGAAUGAAAUGGCUAACAAAAGCUCAAUCCUGACUGUGACCUGACUGCCAGAUUUCGUCCUCCGUAAUCCCUGCCCAAUCCCCAGCAGUCCAUGAUCGGACACACAAGACCAAGUCUUUACGAGCACUCAUGCUGUUGCACAUACACUAGACCUCGAGACUGACAUCCUGUUGAGUGUUCGGUUCGUUGGGAGGAUUUCACAAUGAAAACAUUCCUAGUCAUUCCUGUAUUUAUCAACAACCAAUGAAAAGAGGAUUAUGCAACAAGGGAACUCCAGUUUCUCCUUCAAAAAAAUUAAUGCUGGAAUCUGUGAAGCACAAAGUGCAAUUCAAUGAACUGAAGAUGUAGAGGACGGAGAUUGAAGAAAUAAUUUUCCCCAAAGGAAAAUCGGACUUCUCUCCCCUAACUCGCAACACUCCUGCUGGUGUGAAAUUGCCCGGUUCCCUCUGGACAUCACCUGCUUCUUCUUUUAUGUAUGAAGUCUGCACUGUCUGGGCUGUUAGACUGUGCUGAACGUUGUGUUCGUUUGUGUAUGAAGAGGACAGGAUUGCAAUUUGAAUAGUUAAUUGGCUUGGAAUGUCUCAUUUAAAACGUAAACACACAAUCAUUCUUUGAGGAUACAGGUGUUUUGUGCUCUAGGAGAAAUGCUAGAUGAUUAUCAUUAGUUAAAGGGGACAUCAGAUGCUCAUUUUCUACAAGCUGGUAUGAUUCUUUAGGGUCUUCAUGAACUGUCUGCAACAUACUUCAUCAAAAACAGCUCUGUUCACAAUGAUCCUUUUUGGAGCAUGUCUCUUUAAAUGCUAAUGAGCUCUGCUCACCCGCCCCUCUCUUCCGUGGAAAAGGAAAGGUGAUUUGCAAAUAAUCCCAAAAAUAAUGUUUAGGACUUCUGCUUGAGGUGCAGUUGGAUCAUGAACAGUGGGUACUGGUCCAUCCUUGGGGUUGAACCUUUUAGCAAAACCUGCCUUGAAUUAUUGUCC